GCCUGCGAGAGGCGCAGCCGGAGAGGAGGCUUGGGCCAGCGGCAGGCGGCCGGCGGGAGGGAGCUGAAGCCCCGGGCCGGACGCGGGCGGCGGCGCAAGCAGGGCGGGCGAUCCCCAUUCUCUCUCCCCAUGAUCAUGAGUGGGCCGCCGCGGCGGCGGCGCUGACAGGCCCCGAGCGGGGCGGGGCGGGCGGGCCCAGGUCUGACCUGGGUCCGAGGGGAAGAUGAGCGCUCUCCUAGAGCAGAAGGAGCAGCAGGAGAGGCUGCGGGAGGCCGCGGCCUUGGGGGACAUUCGGGAGGUGCAGAAACUGGUGGAGAGCGGGGUGGAUGUGAACUCCCAAAAUGAGGUCAACGGCUGGACCUGUUUACACUGGGCAUGUAAACGCAAUCAUGGUCAGGUGGUCUCUUACUUGUUAAAAUCAGGAGCUGACAAAGAGAUUCUUACCACAAAAGGAGAAAUGCCAGUCCAGUUAACAUCAAGAGGAGAAAUCAGGAAGAUUAUGGGAGUGGAAGAUGAUGAUGAUGGCGACAACCUCCCCCAGCUGAAGGAGUCAGAACUGCCCUUUGUUCCCAACUAUUUGGCGAACCCAGCUUUCCCUUUUAUCUAUACCCCUGUGGCAGAGGAUUCGGCCCAGCUGCAGAAUGGGAGUCCCUCCACACCUCCUGCAUCACCCCCUGCAGAUGGAUCACCUCCAUUACUCCCCCCUGGGGAACCUCCCCUGCUGGGGGCCUUUCCACGGGACCAUACCUCUUUGGCACUGGUUCAAAACAGGGAUGUGUCUGCCCCCUCCGCUAUACUCAGAACACCAGAAAGCACAAAACCGGGUCCUGUCUGUCAGCCGCCAGUGAGUCAGAGUCGCUCACUGUUCUCUUCUGUCCAGUCCAAGCCACCAGUGUCCCUGGAGCCUCAAAAUGGGACAUACACAGGACCAGCGCCAGCAUUCCAGCCAUUUUUCUUCACUGGAGCAUUUCCAUUUAAUAUGCAAGAGCUGGUACUCAAGGUGAGGAUUCAGAACCCAUCUCUUCGAGAGAAUGAUUUCAUUGAAAUUGAACUGGACCGACAGGAACUCACCUACCAAGAAUUACUCAGAGUGAGCUGCUGUGAGCUGGGUGUUAGUCCAGAUCAAGUGGAGAAGAUCAGAAAGUUACCCAAUACUCUGGUAAGAAAGGAUAAAGAUGUUGCUCGACUCCAAGAUUUCCAAGAGCUGGAACUGGUUCUAAUGAUAAGUGAAAAUAAUUUUCUGUUCAGAAAUGCUGCAUCCACACUGACUGAAAGGCCUUGCUACAACAGGAGAGCUUCAAAACUGACUUACUAAUGCAGCAGGGACUUUUAUAACUGAGCAUUGUGCCAGUGUGCGUCACCUCUGGGCCAAGGACAAGCCAUUGAUCUAAACGCCUUGGAUGCCCGGGAGGGCCCCUGGUGCCACUGAGCAGUACCCACUCACAUUGUUCUGCCAAGGUAGGAAGCCCCUGACCCCCAAGCAGUGGUGCCACUCUUCCAAGCUUCUUGGUGCACAAUAAACCUAUUGCUCGAAGCUGUGAACACCCGAGAAGUGGCCUGGAGAGGCAGAAGCGACGGUUCUCUAUUCAGUGUGUUUUACGUGCAGCAUGUAAGAGAGUUGUCCAGGCAGACGCUGAGGGAGCAGAGCCUAUUUCUAGCCGCUCCUGUUGACAGUGCACCUGAAGGGCCAGGAUGUACCUUUCUUGGUGUUGCAUGCUCACAACUCUGAAAUGUGAACUAACUAGAAAGGGAAACUGGGGAAAGCACAGGUACUGGACAAAUGGGCUUUAGUGUGUCUUGUGACUGAGGUUUCAUAUAACAUACUUAUAAUAUUACUCAGGUUAAAAGUAUUUAAGAAUACAGUUACUUAAUUGUAAAUAUGCUGUUAACCAAAAGAGCUUCCCCUCCCCCACUUUUUCCUUUGUAAACAUUCAUGACUGUUUCUGUCUCUAGUCUGCCAUUGCCUGUCAUCAUAAACUGUCAUCGCUGCAUUAACUCCCCUUCAUGGUCACUAGAGGGCUCUCCAACGCUUUCCAAGAGAGCAACUGCCUUUUUUUUUUUUUUUCAAACUCUAAAAUGAUUCUUGUCAUCUCUCUGUUUAAUUGCACUGAAAGAGAAGAGCACAAACAUUGCCUGUCCAUGUUCUCCACUUUCAUUUUCCACUAGAAAUGAAAAGCAAUUUUUGAGGCUGAAUCUGUUGCUAUUUUAAAGGUUAUUAUGGGAAACUGAGCUAAAGGAGUUAGCAUCUUUAUUUUUGUAUCAAAGAUAACGGUUAUUUUGAAAUUAUUAGGAUUUUUACACAACUCUGAAAUCUGUUUCUUUUAUAAACAAAUUGUUUGAUCUUAGGGAUCUCCCACUACCCACACCGAUCCACUUAACGAAGUCAAUUGUGAGGCUACACCAGGCUUUGUUCUGGAAAAAACAAACACACCUGAUUAAACUCUUGAGCAUGACAUAAGAAUUUUUUAAAAGAAUGCAGUCAAGGAUUCUUUUUCUUUCCUUUAGUAUCAUCAGUGUUAAAAGAAAAGCCACGUGUCUUGUUAAAAUAGCUUAACUUCAGAAAUAAGAAGGAGCGCACUUAGGCGAGCAGGGGUUUGAAGCCAGCUGUUGAAGAGCCUCCCUGUCUUAAGAAGCUUUUUCCCCAUAGUGCCUAUAGUUUCCAAAGAAACUUAACUUCCUAACUGUGUUAAUUUUAUUGGAACAUGAUUGAGAAAGAAUGUGCAGAAGAUGUCAGUGGAAGCGAACGUGGUGCUAAGAUGACAGCCUCCUGCUGCUGCUGAAAUGCUGAGAUGAGGCUGAGGUGUUUUCAAGGCCAGCUUCAUGGAGUCACUCUGUUCAGUGACUUACCUGUAUUCCACCAAUUACUGACGGUGACACACUUACCCUUCCUUGUAUAGUGUUUGCACAGCAAAGGUUAUUUAUUACUCCCUUUCUUUCCAGUACUUUAAACAAGAAACCUCCCUUGAUUUCAACCAAUCGCAAGCUAAUUUAUCUAGCCAUACUAACCUUUUCUCCCCUUUCCUUAGAAAAAAAUUACAAUUGACUGAUAAAAUUAAGGCUAGUUCUACCGGGAGGAAAUAAAUUCAGUAUUAAUUCAUGUCUAAAUCACUGGGAUUAAAUCUCUUCCAGCCAGCCAUCAGAGACUCUCAGAAGCAGUGGAGGCCCCUGGCUGGGAAGUGGGAAAGAGUAUCUUUCCAGGGCUUAAGAAACAGGGAGCAAGGGUCUUGGCAUCUCAGGUGAGAGAUGGGCCCUGCAUUGACUGGUCUCUCUCCUCCUUUAUAAAGUCCUCUGUGGUUAAGUGACUCAUAUGUAUGGCUGUAGGAUAAUACUGCACAGUUGCUGGUAGGUGAGUUUGAAGUCUUAAUCUAUGCAUUCAGAGAAAUAUUUUUAUAUGCUUUGUGUAAUUUAUAACAAAGAUUUCUUUUUAGCUUUGUUAACUGUGAAUUCACCCCUCCUCCUCCACCGCAUAUUUCAAGCAUGUGUUCACACUAUGUGUAAACAUUUACUGAAGAUUUUUUUCCUUGUGCAUUGCUGACUGUUCAAAUAUAACAAGUAUUAUUAAAAUUAAAUAUUAACUGA